AAUAUGGAACCAAUAGAUUUUGGUAAUUUGAGAGGUAGUAGUUUAAGAGGAAGUGUAAAAGGAAGUUUUAGAGGAAGUUUUGGAUCAGAUAGUAAUUCAAUAUUUAGAAAUAAUAAUAUAUUUAAUCGUUCAUCAAGAGAUGAAGAUGAUGAAGAAGCACUUAAAUGGGCUGCACUUGAAAAGCUACCAACUUUUGAUCGUUUAAGAAAAGGACUUUUAUUUGGAGCUAAUGAAGUUGAUAUACAUGAUCUUGGAAAUCAACAAAGUAAAGAUUUGGUUGAUAGACUUGUUAAAGUUGCUGAUGAAGAUAAUGAGAAGUUUUUGUUGAAACUCAGAGAUAGAAUUGAUAGAGUUGGGCUUGAUUUGCCAACAAUUGAAGUAAGAUAUGAACAUCUAAAAAUUGAGGCAGAUGCAUAUGUAGGAAGCAGUGCUUUGCCUACAUUUAUCAACUUUGUGACUAAUUUUAUCGAGCCAAUGUUGACUUCUCUCCAUAUCGUACCAAAUCGAAAGAGGAAACUCACUAUUCUUGAUGACAUGAGCGGUAUCAUCAAACCUUGCAGAUUGACUUUGCUUUUAGGUCCUCCUGGUUCUGGCAAAACUACUCUCUUAUUAGCUUUGGCUGGAAAACUUGACACUGAACUUAAAGCUAGUGGGAAGGUGACGUAUAAUGGACAUGAAAUGAAUGAGUUUGUGCCGCAAAGAACUGCUGCUUAUAUUAGUCAGCACGAUUUACAUAUCGGAGAAAUGACUGUGAGAGAAACUUUGGAAUUCUCUGCUAGAUGCCAGGGAGUUGGCACUCGUUAUGAAAUGUUGGCUGAACUGUCAAGAAGAGAGAAAACAGCAAAUAUCAAGCCAGAUCCUGAUAUUGAUGUUUUUAUGAAGGCAGCAGCAACAGAGGGACAAGAAGCUAAUGUUGUGACUGAUUAUGUUCUUAAGAUUUUGGGACUUGACAUUUGUGCUGAUACUAUGGUGGGAGAUGAAAUGGUAAGGGGUAUUUCAGGAGGGCAAAAGAAGCGUGUGACGACAGGUGAAAUGCUUGUUGGACCAUCAAAGGCACUUUUCAUGGAUGAAAUCUCUACUGGAUUGGAUAGUUCGACCACUUAUUCCAUCGUGAACUCUCUAAGACAAACUGUGCAAAUCUUGAAGGGAACUGCUGUGAUAUCUCUCUUACAGCCAGCGCCCGAGACCUACAAUUUGUUUGAUGACAUUAUUCUGUUAUCAGAUAGUGUAAUUGUCUAUCAGGGCCCUCGAGAAGACAUCAUUGGCUUCUUUGAAUCCAUGGGUUUCAAAUGCCCUGAAAGAAAAGGCGUGGCUGACUUUUUGCAAGAAGUGACAUCUAAGAAGGAUCAACAACAAUAUUGGGUGAGGAGGGAUGAGCCUUACAGGUUUAUCACAUCGAAAGAAUUUUCCGAGGCAUAUCAAGCAUUUCAUGUUGGGAGGAAACUCGGGGAAGAUCUUGCAGUCUCAUAUGACAAGAGAAAAAGCCAUCCUGCUGCUCUGACAACUGAAAAGUACGGUAUAGGGAAGAAACAGCUCUUCGAAGUCUGCAAGGAAAGAGAAUACUUGCUAAUGAAGAGGAACUCGUUCGUUUACAUUUUCAAGUUCUGUCAGCUUUUGAUUAUGGCACUCAUCUCGAUGACCAUCUUUUUCCGAACUGAGAUGAAACAUGAUACUAUGGAUGAUGGAGGAAUAUAUGCUGGUGCUCUCUUUUUUGUGAUCAUUAUGAAUAUGUUUAAUGGAAUGUCUGAGCUCGGGAUGAUAAUUUAUAAACUUCCCGUCUUCUUCAAGCAAAGGGACCUUCUCUUUUUCCCUGCAUGGGCUUAUGCAAUUCCCUCAUGGAUACUCAAAAUCCCUGUAACAUUUGUUGAAACUGCUCUCUGGGUGUUUCUCACUUACUAUGUCAUGGGAUUCGAUCCGCACCCCUCAAGGUUGUUCAAACAGUUCUUGCUACUCAUAAUAGUAAGCCAGAUGGCCUCAGGGUUGUUUCGAUUCAUUGGGGCAGUUGGCAGGAGCUUAGGAGUUGCUAGUAUAUUUGGAUCAUUUGCUCUGCUUUUACAAUUUGCGUUGGGAGGAUUCGUUCUUUCACGAGAUGAUGUGAAGAACUGGUGGAUAUGGGGUUACUGGACUUCACCUAUGAUGUAUUCCGUGAAUGCAAUUCUUGUGAACGAAUUUGACGGAAAAAGGUGGAAACAUAUUCCACCAAAUGGAACUGAGUCACUUGGAGCUGCAGUUGUAAGAGGUCGAGGCUUCUUCCCAGAUGCAUCGUGGUACUGGAUAGGCUUUGGCGCGCUUGUUGGAUUCACAAUCGUGUUUAACAUCUGCUACACCAUUGCACUCGCUUACCUAAAACCAUUUGGUAAGCCGCAAGCUAUGAUACCAGAAGACAGUGAAGAUGCACAAACAACUAGCGCGGAGACAGAAGACUCCAAUAGUGAGAGUCAGAAUAAGAAAAAAGGAAUGUUUCUUCCAUUUGAACCGCAUUCCAUCACCUUUGACAACGUAAUGUACUCUGUCAACAUGCCUCAGGAAAUGAAAGAUCAGGGAGCUACUGACGAUAGAUUGGUACUUCUUAAGGGCGUAAGUGGAGCUUUCAGGCCUGGUGUUUUGACAGCUUUGAUGGGAGUAAGUGGGGCUGGAAAAACAACAUUGAUGGAUGUAUUGGCUGGAAGAAAGACAGGAGGAUAUAUCGAGGGUGACAUCAAGAUUUCGGGCUAUCCUAAGAAGCAGGACACAUUUGCACGUAUAUCUGGAUACUGUGAGCAGAAUGACAUCCAUUCACCUUAUGUUACAGUUUAUGAGUCAUUAGUAUACUCAGCUUGGCUGCGUUUACCUCAUAAUGUUGAUACAAAGACCCGAAAGAUGUUUGUUGAGCAAGUCAUGGAUCUUGUGGAGCUUGGACCGUUAAGAUCAGCUUUAGUUGGUUUGCCAGGGAUCAACGGUCUCUCAACUGAACAACGCAAAAGGUUGACCAUUGCAGUGGAGCUAGUGGCUAACCCCUCUAUCAUUUUCAUGGAUGAACCAACUUCCGGGCUGGAUGCAAGGGCUGCUGCAAUUGUUAUGAGAACUGUUAGGAACACUGUCGACACAGGAAGAACCGUUGUUUGUACCAUCCAUCAGCCUAGUAUUGACAUUUUUGAAACCUUUGAUGAGCUCUUUCUAAUGAAACGAGGAGGACAAGAGAUAUAUGUUGGUCCAUUGGGUUGCCAUUCUUGCCAUUUGAUCAAAUACUUUGAGUCCAUGCCAGGGGUAAGUAAAAUAAAAGAUGGCUACAAUCCAGCAACUUGGAUGUUAGAAGUCACAGCCUCGGCUCAGGAAAUACUGUUCGGGGUUGAUUUUACUGAUUUAUACAAGAAAUCAGACCUUUACACAAGGAACAAAUCAUUGAUUAGUGAACUGAGCGUACCUCGCCCUGGUACAAAAGAUCUGCAUUUCGAUACUAAAUACUCACAGCCAUUUUGGACCCAAUGUAUAGCUUGCCUUUGGAAACAACACUGGUCAUACUGGCGUAAUCCUACUUAUACGGCAGUCAGAUUUCUGUUUACAACCAUCAUUGCCUUGGUCUUCGGGACAAUGUUUUGGGAUAUUGGUGGUAAAGUGAGUAAGAGUCAAGAUCUAUUUAACGCAAUGGGAUGCUUGUAUGCUACUGUUCUCUUCCUGGGUACACAAAAUUCAUCAUCAGUACAGCCUGUUGUAGCCGUUGAACGUACAGUAUUCUAUAGAGAAAGAGCUGCUGGAAUGUAUUCUGCCUUGCCCUAUGCCUUUGGACAGAUUUCCAUUGAAAUCCCAUAUGUCUUUAUGCAAUCUGUUUUCUGUGGUGCAAUUAUGUAUGCUAUGAUCGGAUUUGAAUGGACGGUAGCAAAGUUCUUGUGGUACUUGUUCUUCCUGUUUUUCACCCUCUUGUACUUCACUUUCUACGGUAUGAUGACCGUUGCUGUUACCCCAAAUGUAAGUGUUGCUCAAAUUGUCGGCUCCUUCUUCUACGGAGUAUGGAAUCUUUUCUCAGGAUUCAUCGUUCCACGAACUCGUAUUCCCAUAUGGUGGAGAUGGUACUACUGGUGUUGUCCUGUUGCCUGGACCUUGUAUGGUUUGGUUGCAUCACAAUUUGGAGAUCUUCAGAACAAACUUACUGAUGAAGAAACAGUGGAACAAUUCUUGAGACGUUACUUCGGCUUCAAGCAUGAUUUUCUUCCAAUAGUUGCAGUCGCGAUUGUUGGGUACACUGUUCUUUUUGGCUUCACAUUUGCUUUCGCUAUUAAGGCAUUCAACUUCCAAACGAGAUAAAAAGGCGUUACCUGCUGAAGAUGUGUGAGGAAAGUAGUAAAGACAACGUGUGAAACGUUCUCUCCACUGCUCGUGAAAUGGGGAAGACGCGGUUAGUAUAAAGAAUUUUUCUCAAGCUCAAGUACGAGUGAGAGAUUGAUUUUGAAAGUACUGUAUAUAGAUUUCCACUUGAACAAGUGUAUGUUCUGU